ACGGUUUUAGUUAUGUCUAGGUUCAAUGUUGUUCUGGGUAUAACAGUUAUCUGUUUUCUUCUACAUCAUGGCUUCACAUUGAUAUUUUAUGUCUUCAUUGCGAUUCUUUCCUUCGCUGCUGGUUUCUUUUUAAUGAAGGAACAACCUGUUGUUCAUUUCCGCAGGAGAGAUCUUUUAUGUUCCAAAGGGAUUCCAAAGGUGACAGCUAUUAUGGAUGCUGAGGGUGUCACAAGACCAAAUAUACGUGUAUCUCCCCAUCAGGACCUAGACUACGUGCUUAACCAGGUAGUUUUGUACAUGUUUCUGUUAUCGCAGAUUGUAAGCUACAUUAUCAGAGACUACAUAACUCCUUGGUACAACUCGCUCACUCCUGACGAUUCAUUUCCAAUGGAGCUCCAUAAGCUUCUUUUACGGGUUGUUGCGAAUGUGGUUAGAAGGUAGACGCCACUGAAGUUAGUAAUUUCACUAGAGUUUCUGAUGUGGAUUGGGUGCCUUUCCUUACUGAAAUGCUUCCGUCUUUCAUGACAGCUCAUGUCCGUGUCUACCGAAACAUGCUGGACAGAAAGGUAGCCUAUCCUGAUAGAGGUAUUUGUCUUAUUAUCUUGUAAAAUUGAAGACUCUGCGAAAUUAUUUUUUGACAUUGAGGCUGAGACGGAGAAAAGUGUAUGUCACGAAGAAAUCUGUAAUUCUGGAGAUCGGGAAAAAGGCUAGUAUAAGGAUAGCUCUAACUUACUAAUAGACCAUCUCCGUUUGCUAAGUGAUAUGUUUUUAUUCUUUGUUACCCCUACUGAGGAAUAUAGUGUGCCUGGUAUACGAUAUAUAGCCCGGGUAAGUUACUUACUUUCCUAACGUUGUAGGAGUUGCUGGUUAAUUCUGUUCUGAUACCAAUGAUCAAUUUGUUAUCGGAUCCCGAUUUCGUUAACAGAACCAUAGCUUGGUUUGUGAGUACACUUUUCUGUGCGUUUUUGUUAGUUAUUAGUGGUUUAGUUGGUUCAUGUUGUUUAUUUUCCUUGUUAUAUUCCAUUCGUAUCAGAUCUAUGUAGUCUUGGGUUGAGUUAAAUAAAAUAAACAGAUUCGUCCAUUGUCUUUUUCCCCACCUACUUCUAAUUUCCCCAACAUUACACAUUAAAGUAGUAGUUAGGUACAUGUAAUACAUGCUCCAACCACCUAAGUCGAUGAAGACUCACUACCACACCACCCAGUUUUCCAUUUUUGCCUGGUACACUGUCGCCAACUGAACCGUUUCUCACCCUGUUGUUUCACGGUACUCAAGCAAUUCGAUGAGAUUACAUAUCAAGUAUCUCCAACCUACAUGUGUCUCCCACUUUCACAGACCGCGCUCCAACUGAUAUAUCAGUCAACUUAACACACACGACUGUAUCAGCAUUCUUAAAGACUUCCAUAACCAACGUAUCUAGUUUUGCCACUCUUCCGAACUAACAUCAGCUAAAAUGCCAAAACGCUAUCGAUCUAAAUGGAUGGAUGGAUUUCGCUCCGAAAUCAAAGACCUGUUAUUCUAAAUCUGACUCGUCCUUCCAUAAAUUAAAGUCUUGCCAUCCAUUUUGCGAUUGAUCUGUAAGUGUUUAGCUUUUUAAAGCUUAUUGGGCCUUCUAUAAAACUCGACUUUUCAACAACGGGACUGUGGUAAGUGGGAGCAUAAAUCGAGUCGAUGUAUAGAUUCGACUAUUAUAAGCCUGUUGGAUACAAACAUUUUUGGUUACAUAAUACUUUAGGUAUGUGUGAUAUGUUGGUAUGCUUUGAACGUUUCUUCUCUUGUUUAUCUAUCACUGAGAAACGCUGUUUCUUACAUCUCGUGUGGUAAUUUUUGAAUAUGUAUUAUUGAUUUUCAAAAAGCGUGCUGCUACCAUUCUAAAGUACUGUGAAGUUUAUAAAGGCUUUUGCUAUUUAGACGCAGGUAAAGAUGAAAAAGUACAGAUUUAGUUUAAGUAACUUGACUAUCGAAAACUUUUUGUUGUCUUAACUAGUAACAAAGUGUAUUUCAUCUUCUGUCGAAUUUUGUACGUCUGAUUGCAUAAUCAAUUGCAUUUUAUGCUUUGAUUUCAACGUUUUUUUCUCAAUAGGCAUCAGAUAGUGCCUAUACAAGUGAAUAUUUUUGUCAAGCACUACGCAUGUCUGAAAGCAUCGAAGAGAUAGAUGUUGUUAUCCGUCAGCUAAAUAGUUUCAUGGAUAAACUUCGGGGUCACGACACAGGUGGCGAUGAUGAUGCUCUUAUUAAAGCGCAACUUGGAAGCCUCGAUUAUGUCAGAAAAAUAUGUUUAAUUCGUCAAAGACAAAUUCAAGAAGGUGUAGCUGAAAAACCCGGACGUGCAUUAGCCUAUCAUUUACAACCAGAUGCACGGAUUUAUGAUAUGUCCUUCCAAGAAUUAAUGACUAGAAGUGUUGCAGUUGUUUGCUUUUUAGAUUUUCUGGCUUCCAUUAGUAAACAUUCAUUACUGCGAUUGUAUUUAAAUUGUGUAAGUUUCCGUGAAGGCGUCAGUAAAUUAAUACCUAACGCAACUAUUAAUCAAAACAUUCAUCCUUCAGUGUUGGCUCUUGCUGAAGCUUCACGAAUGGAGGCUAUUUCUUCUGAUAUGUCAACUACUAUUAUAACUGACGAUUUAUGCUUAAAUCCUACAAAUCCAAUUGAGAUUACUAAUACCGAUGAAGAAACUCUAUCAGUCUCAGAUUCUCUUAAUUUUGAAGGCACACAAACUGAAGUUGCAUCCAAUUUGUGUGACAAUGAGAUAGAUGUAAUGGGAAAAGAAGAUUCAAUAACAACAUCUUUAGAUGAAGGUGAACAGCAAAACACAAUGGUCAUAAAUGAAGAUAUUAAGAAAAAUAUACUAGAAAAGAGUGGAGAAGAUGAUAUUGUUGAUGAUUCUAUUGAACAAUUGCGUGCAUUUGGCAUAACAAUAUGUAGUAAUUUAUUGCACUUUAUGCCUUUAUCAGCUGAACCAUUAAUCCAACGUACACUAAAAACACUUACUGGUGAACCGAAUUCAUUAAAUCCUAAUUCAUUCACUGAAAUUGAAGCACACAUUGUUAACAUUCUCUCAAGUCCCGAUUGUUUUGGUGCAUUUAAACGUAGUAGUCAAUAUAUUCAUCUUUUGGCUGAGUUAGAUUUACUCAAGGAACCAUUAGAACAAUCUUCAUCAUCUAAUUUUAUAUCCGUCCCUCCCAUUUCAAAUGAUACAUUACCUCAAAGCCAAUCUCAAUCAUUAUCUCAAUCUGACAAGAUCACUGUUUCAAGCGGUUCUAUCAUUCAUAAUGUUUCUUCCUUGUCUCAAAUGCCAUGUUCCGCGAAUUCUGUCGAGGAUUGUACAGAUUGGAAAUGUAUAGAAAAUGAUUCUUCUAAAGAAACCAAACAAUCAGGGUUGCCAAGGUUAUCGGAAUCUCGUAUUAUUUCAACAACAAAUACUACUGGACGUGGGGCUUUUGAUGAUGUUUACACAGCUGCAAUAACUCGAGCAGAAAUAAUGCAUGAUUCUUAUGUAAUUUAUACUAUAAAAGUUACACGUACUGUACUAUCUACUGGUCAAUCAGAAUCUUGGAAUACUCUACGUCGUUUCAGACAUUUUGUUGAGCUACACUCGUUUCUAACAAACAGAUGUGGUCGUAUGACUGAACUUAAAUUGCCAUCGAAAAUAGCAUUUAAUAACAUGAGCCCUGAAUUUUUAGCACAACGUCGACGUGGACUUAAUGUUUAUUUGAAUACAUUGUGUAGCAGUGAAUUUCAGAAUAAUCAUCCAGGUAGUCGUCCUUUGUGCAUUGAAUUUCUGCAGCCUGACAGCUGGGAAAGAGGUCAUGUUGAAGCACGUAUUGUUUCUGCAAUUUUAACACCUUUUCGUACAGUUAGCAAUGCUAUGAUGUCUGUUCCAGAUACAUUGGCUGAUGGUUUAAAUAAGAUUUUUGCUAAUAAAAAUUUUCCAACAUCCAAUUCACCUAUUCUUUCACGUAAUGAUGAAAUAAUGAAAAAAUCCAGUGAGUUUGAAUUACAAGAAUCAUUGGAUAUGUCAUUAGAAUCAUCAAAAAGUUCUGAUUCAUAUGAUUAUAAUGUUCGAGAUGAAACACCAAUCCAAAUUUUAUUCUUAUUAGUCGAUGAAAUAUUUGAUUUACAUAGAGAAAGUCAAUUUACGAGACAAGGAAAUUUCGCUAUAUUACGCAAAAUAUUCCAAACAUUUUUUGGUAUUCGAGUUAAUAAAAUGAUCAUUGCCAAAGCUUGUGAAUGGACAAGUGCACCAAAGAUCACUCAACUAAUUACUUAUUUACGUGAUUAUUUUUGGCCUCCCAAAAAUAAAUCAUCAAAUACUACAGCUUUAACUGAACGUGACAAAGAGAUGAAAUUACGUACUCGUGUUCUUUGUAGAACUGUACUACUGGGAAGUAUUUCUGAGGAAUUUGCACAGUUUCUUGGAAAUGAAACUACUCGUCGUGGUGUAUCAUGUGUAUUCAAUAUGCUUCAAGAAGAACGUUUCAAUCGUAGGUUUGUACAUACAGUAUUAGAAGCAUUUCUAUGUCAAUUAUUUCGACCAUAUCAUACAUAUUGGGAAGCUAUUUAUGAAAAAAAUUUAUGCCCAUUAAAAUGUGGACGAGCAUGUCGUUCACAUAAAUGAUGUGUUUAAAUGAAACGUACAAUAUUCACUUCGAAUAAUUUCUUUUCAUAAAGACUCUACUUCUUGAUUACAUCAAUAGAAUGAUUUCAAGAAAUAUAUACAGAAUUCAUUCAGUGCUUAGUGAGACAAUCUGUUCAGUUUUUUGGGAGUGUAUGGGUUGAUUCUCUAGACAUAGUCGUAUUAUCUGUUUAUUCUCUUUAUUGUCACUCACUUGUGCGACUCCGUCUAGUAUGUAUUAUAAUAUAUUACCUACUAAUAUUCUUAUGUAACUAUUAUGGAAAGAACUUCUUUGACUUCAUUUUAACACGUAUAAACUCCCAUAGAUAACUUAUGAACUAAACGAUAUGAAAUGUAUUACUUUACGUGAUCAUGAAUAACUUUGGAGUUUGCGUGCAACCUCAUCAUUUGAUCUGAUUCCUUGGAUAGAUUUAUAAUAGUAUUGUUACAUAUGAUUAAGAUCAUCAGUCAACUAUAUAGAAUUACUGAAAUCUCCACAAAACCCCCUUCUGACAUAUCAUUAAACUUGUUAUUAGUUUUAAUUGAUAGCAGUCUGUGAUCAAAUAGUUAUUUCCCUAUAUUCUUUUAUAACUUAUUUCACAUCAAUGAAUCCCUAAAUCAUUAUACUAUUGAUUAUUGUAUAAUGACCCAUAAGUUUUUUGUUUUCUAAUCUCCUUUCAUUUACCAUUUUAUUAUGUAUGCUUUGAUUCAACUUAGCAUAGUUGACACAAUCAAUCAUCAAUCGAUCUUUUCUCAAUACAUCUUAUUUUAGUUGUCUGUCUUGAAAUUAUUCCUGUAAUCUCGAAUAAUUUGUACAGUAUGUUGAAUAUCUCUUCUUUGUUUUUAAUUGUCUAUCUGAUUUCACCUAUUUCUGUUGACUUUGUGUAUAUGACUGGGGGGGGGAAUGGAUAUCAAUUCAUCCGUUGUUGUUAUUUAUUUGAAUGAACAUGUGUAAAAUUAGUUAGUAUUCAAUGGUCAUUGUACCGUAAAGAUGACUGUUUUUUAUUUUUUAUUCUUCACUGUUACUAAAUGUAAUAUAUAUUAUUUAGUUAUCUAACUAAUUUAUUCUUUAGUCAGCCGAAUUCAUAUUGACUACCUACCUGUGCAAUAAAAUUGUGUUUUCAAAGACAUGU